AUGUCAGACAAAAAGAAAGAAAUUGCACAAAACAUUAAAGAUAUCAAAGACAUUAUCAAACAAAAAUUAGAGACAAUGGUUGGUUUAAUUGAUAAAAAACAGGUUGAGUUUAUUGACUCGUUGAAAAAAAAUAUUCAAUCAUGGAAAAGUGAUGAAGAUAUUUUCAUUCAAGACAAUCAAAAUGUUAUUGAAAAUUGUAUAAGAACUGGGGUUAUUUAUUAUUUUGGAAUAAAACAAAUUGACCGACUUGCUAAUUGCAUUGUUAGUUUAAUUAAGGAACAAUACCUUACCGUUGAAACAUGUCAAAAAAUAUUAACAAUGUUAUAUAAUAAUAUUAUUAUUGAAAUUAUUUCAAGUCAUAAAUCAAUUUUGAUUCUUUCUGCUAGAAUCAUUCAUGCAACUAUACCUUUUAAAUUAGAAACAAAAUAUGUUAUUGAAAAUAUUAAGUUAUUGAUUGACUUUUAUUCGUUAUCAACUCCUAAUUAUCCAACUGAACAUUCUUUGAAUAAUAUUAUACAAGGUUAUAUUACCUCUUUAUUUAAGUCGUAUAGUGUUGAAACAAACUUACCUAAUGGAUGUGAGCCAAAACCAUUACAAGCAAUAUCCCCUUUAUUUAUAUCUUCACAAUAUACAACAUCUAAUAGAAAUGGUAAUUUUAACACUAAACCACUUUCAGUCUCACCUAUGGAAACUUCUACUCCUUUUGAUGAAAGUGAUAACUCACAACAAUAUCAUGAAGAUGAAUUACAACAACCAGUAGAUGAAAAACCAAUAGAAGAACAAACCAUACAAACAUUAGAAUCACCAAAUACGUUAACAAAAUCAAAUGAAGAUGAAUCUUUUGAUGAAUUUAUUCAAAGUAGUGAAGAAAUAAAGAAAGAAGAAGUUAAAGAAAUUAUUAAUGAAGAUAACCAAAUUAAUCCAGAACAGAUUAAAGUUGAAAAUGAAAUCAAUGAAUUAAAAAAACUGAUUGACGAUGAAGAUAAAAAAGAUGAUUUAUAUGAAAAACAAUUACCUCCUCAUUAUGCUAUUUUGAGUGUUUUAACUAAGAUUUCACUUAUUGACCAUGCAAAAAGAUUUGUAAUAUCAGACACAUUACUAAAAGGUAAUUAUAAGCAAAUGACAGGUAAAAGACCAAUGACAUUAACAAUGCAAAGAAUAGUAUUAGACUUGAUAGAAUUUUGGUUGUCCCAAUGUCCAAGUGAAUUUUGUCCUAAUUCUAUUAAGGGAUGGAAACAGGAUUUAUGUAAAUGUAUUGCACAUAAUACAUUUUCAAAUGAAGAGCCUAUUUUCAUAACAUCUGUUAAAAUAUUUAGUUUAAUUAUUCAUCGUUUUAGAAUGUAUUUUAAAAAAGAAAUAGAAAUUAUUACUAAACAUAUAUAUUUCUUCUUUAUUAAAUCUCCAUUACCUUUCAUUAGUCAUAAAUUAUUCCUUGUAAAUGAAAUGCAAAAAUUAGCAACUCAACCACAAAUUAUUAUUGAUUUAUUUACUAACUAUGAUUGUAUGACAUUUGGAAUGAAUUUAUUUGAAGAAUUUAUGUCAUUAAUUUCUUUUAUUCUUUCUUCUCAAUUCAAAAUGGAAACGCCUGACGAAUUAUCAUCAAAAAUUAUUGAGAUUAGAAGAGCAGCAUAUAAAAUUAUUCAAAGUGUUAUUGAAUCUAUUCAAAUGCAAAUACAAUCAAUGCAGAAACUAGAAGAAAAAGGAAUAGUAGAAAUUAUUAAUUCAGUUCCAGUUCAAUCACAUUGUCAAGAGGGAAUUGAAUUACUUAAGCAAAGAAAAAGAAAGGUUGAUGUUAUUUAUGCGAAACAAUUAUUUAAGAAUAAACCAAAUGAUGGAGUAGCAUAUAUGAUUAAAACAGACUUAUGUUCUAAUAGUCCUGAUUCAAUUGCUCAAUUUCUUAUGAGAUUAGAGGGUAUUGACAAAACAGCACUAGGAAAAUAUCUUACUUCAAAUAAAGAUUUAAAUAAAGAGGUUUUUAAAGAAUAUAUGAAAUUGAUUGAUUUUACAGGACUUAAUAUUGAUGAAGCAUUAAGGACAAUGUUUAAUUUAUUUGUUAUGCCAGGAGAAGGUCAGGUAGUUGAUCGAGUUAUUGAAAUGUUUUCGAUAAGAUAUGCCGAGUGUAUGAAUGAAAAAAUUAAUGAAUUAAAUAUUACGUCAAAUCAAAUUUAUUUCUUAGCAACAACAAUUAUCUUUUUAUCUACAGAAACACACAAUGCUAAUGUUAAAACAAGGACAAUGGAUACUUAUGAAAAAUUUAAAGGGAUGGUUGAACAAUUUAACUUUACUCUACCUGACGACUAUCUUCAACCUUUAUAUCAAAGUGUAACACAAAAUGCAUUUUUGAUUCCUGAACACCAAAAUGAAGAAAAGAGUAAUGAAAAAUUAUUAAUUGCUAUGGUUAAGGCAAAUCCAAUAAAAAGAGAAGAAGUAUUAGCUGUGUCGAGUGGUUUUGAAAAAGUAAUUAAUGAUAUCUCUUUAUCAAAAGAAGUUGCCCCUAUUUCUAUUGUUAAUAAAGAUAUUCUAAAAUCACUUGUUGAGACUCUAAUUCCACUAGCAUUAAAAACUUUAAAAAUUGCUUUUGAAGAAUAUAAAACCGUACAUGAUGUAAUUAAAAAUAUGAACAUAUUGAUAAGUAUUUCAGCAAAUUUAGAGCUUGAUACAUCAAUAACAUUAAUUAUUAAGAUGCUCUGUGAGUGGGGGUUAUUUUAUCACCCCAAUAAUAAGAAUCAAGGAAAUAUAGAAAUGACAAAAGUUGUAAUUGACUUAGCAAUGGAAAGGAAGGAAAAAAUUGGGGAAGGAUGGAAAUAUAUAUUUACAUUAUUAUCAAGAAUAGAACAAGUGUUAUUAACUGAGCAAGUUGCUCUUUCACCAUUAGUAAAUGUUCCUAAAAAUACAAGGAAAUUGUUUUUUAUGAAUGUACAACAUCGUUUAUAUCAGCCUAAAGAAAAUAAAGUACCAGUUAUAUCAUUAACAGAAAUUAAUUCAAAGAAGAAAGAAUUAAAAAAAUGGAUUGAUAAAGCAAAAGAGAUUUUUAAACAAUUAAUAAAUUGUGAAGAAGAUGAAAUUACAACUAUUUAUCAAUGUUUAUGUGAAGCAGGAAUUGAAGAAUUAAAUUAUUUAACACCAUCAAUGUUUUUAAUGAAGAAAAUGGGUUAUAUAACAUACGAAAGAAAGGUUAAGAACAAUAAAGAAUUUAAUAUUCAGACUGUUAAUAUUAUUAAAGAAUUUUUACUUCAAUGUGGACUUCAUCCACAUGAAAAUGUAGCUAAAGAAGCCAUUAAAAUGAUAUUUAGUUUUAAUGAAAAUAAUGUUUUUGGAGAAUCAUCAGAAUUAUUAAAGGAAAUAGUUAUUAUUAUGUGUGACUCACCACUAAAUAGUUGUCGAAUAACAAUACUUGAUAUGUUAAAAGAAUGUGUUGAUAAAAACUCUUCAUUCAUUCAAAUGUGUUGGAAAGAAAUAUUUGAAAUAUUAUAUAUUGCUUCAUUAGAUGAAGAUAUUGCUGUAAUAAAAAGUGGAUAUAUGUUAUUAAAAUAUGUUAAUGAAAAGAAAAUACAAUUUGAUAGAAAAUAUGAUUAUUAUUAUCUUAAAACAAUGGUUCGAUAUUCUCUUGUUACUGACCGUUAUUUAACUCAAGAAAAGUCAAGUCAUCCAUUUAUUCUUGCAUCAAUACAAUCAAUUUUAAAAAAUCGUAUUCCUGAAGGUGUUGACUUAUCCUUUGGAAGUAGUUAUAAUGAGUUAUUUUUUAAUGUAUUAGUAUCAUAUGCCCAUGCAACAUCAAGUCAAUAUAUUGAAGUUGCAUCAGUUUCUUUACAAACAAUUAAUCAUAUUAUUGAUGAUUAUAUGGAUAAACUUACUUUUGAAGAUUGGUAUUAUAUUUUUCAUAGAGUAUAUUUUAAAAUAUUGGAGUCUAUUGGAUAUUACCAUUGUAAAGUUAUUACAAUUAAUAAUAAUAAUAAAAGUUGUGAAUGGUUAACAUCAGUAGCAUUAAAUUUAAUGUUACAAAUGUCUGGUUUAAUUUCUCAGCAUCCUGAUAAACUUGGUUAUUUUAUUUGUGAUUAUAUUUACAUCAUAACAACAUUUAUUACAAAAGGUACGGAAUUUAUUACACAAAUUGGAUUAUUAUCAUUAAAAGAUAUCAUUCCAAUUUUUAUUGAACAUCCACAAUAUUUAAAAAUUUAUGAAAUGAUGAAUAAUGAUAUUAUCAAUUAUUUCUUUGAUGCAGUUCAAUCAUUUACUCUUCAACAAGGUUCUGUUAUUGAUGAAAUAGAAAAGAAAGAAAAAGAAUUGGAUAAUAAUCAAACAGAAGAAAUAAUAUGUUCUUGCUGCAAAAAACCAGUCCAACAAUUUGAAUUAGUUGAAUGUCCAUUUUGUUCUCUUAAAUUUUGUUCAUUAGAAUGUAAAGAAAAAAUGAACAAUCAACAUCAACAUAAGAUAAUUAUGAAAACAAAUAUUGAAGACCAGUUUAUUGGUCACAAAUUUGAAUUAACUCGAUUAGACAUUCCUUUUAUUGCAACUACAUUUAAGAAAUAUAUUGAUACAUUGUAUGAAUUUGCACCAAAAAUAAUUCUUUUAUCUCAAAAAGAAGAUGAAGAGUUAUUAAAGUGUUUCUUAUUUAAUAUUGAAAGAUUAUUAAAUAUGGUUAUUCAAAUAAAAACAGAUUCUCCAUAUCUAAAAUAUAUUAAUGAUGUAACAAUUGCUGUUCAAACUAUCUUAAUAUUUUAUGCUCAAGAAAUAUUCAAAAUAUAUCCAAGUGUUAUUGUUCAUUUAUUGGAUAAAUUCCUUCAUUUACCAAGUAAUUUCAUUCUUCAUGUUGUCUUUGAUCUGCUCAAUACUUGUUCUGAUGACUUAUUAAUGGAAAUAUAUACUACUCACUUAUCUUCAUUAUAUAAAUUGAUUCUAUCUGAAGAACAAGACAUUCGUAAGUCAUUAUAUAAUCUUCUCAUGAGAAUCAAACUAUUAGUAAAUGAACCAAAAACAACUUAA